AUGUCGUUGGACUCUCAACGAUAUACGCCACUGCACUACGCAGUGAUCAACAACCAUGCACUGGUCACAAAGGUUUUCCUAAAAGCUUUCGAGCCAAUGAAGCCAACAAGUGACGAAGCAAGGAACUACGACUUAAUCAAUAUUCUAAAUGAUCUUCUUGUCAUUGCAAUCAAAUAUCAAUAUGAUGACAUAGUCCGCCUGUUUGCCAAGUUUUCCCAAUAUUUUCAUGGAAAACCUAGUCAUGGAGAGACAGCUCUUUAUGUUGCGGCUCGCAGUGGAAAUGAAGGGUAUGUGGAUAUACUCCUUAAGCAUGGUAGGUGCCCAGAUCUUGAUAUCCCAGAGACUGUGCAUGGAUGGACUCCUUUAUUCAUUGCAUGCGUGGAGGGUCACCACGCCGUGGCCAAACUUCUCUUGAAUGCGGCAGCAAAACAGGACAUUCGUGAUUAUUCCGGGUGGACUGCUAAAGAGCAUGCCGCAGUAAGAGGCCAUCUAGCUUUAGCUGGGAUGCUCACUUCAUUGGGUACUGAGGAUCCUCUCGGUGGGCCUGCUAGCACACUUAAACAGCCAAUUUGUCAAACCACUAUCCCGUUUAGAACUGAUUGUCACUGCCUGGUCAUCAAUUUGGGUGUUUUACAAACUGGAAAAAAGGUAAAGGCUGUUGAACUGAGAGAUCACACUCCGAAGGAGCUAAUCUUUAUGAAUGCUGGCUUCUUGAUGGAAAUUUCAAUCUCGGAGAGGGAAAGCUUCAUGCACGCAAGCAAUAUCCAGUCGCCACGAGGAGAUCCAGUAUCUGUACUUGGAGAAGCGAAUGCACCGCCUAUGACCACCCAGAAUAUCUCGGCUAAGCGACGAUCUCGAUCAUUAACUAAAGGGCACGAGAGUGGAACUAGGGAAAUUCGUGAUAGAAUGAAGUAUACAGUAGACUUUCUCAACAAGGGAUUCAAGCCUAAUACCAGAGGUGAUUUUAUCCAAGACUCUUUCACGACACUGGGAGAACUUCUUGAAGAGCUGCCUGAGUCAAUCAGCUUCAAUAUCGAGAUAAAGUACCCCAGGCUUCAUGAAGCGGUAGAUGCAGGUGUAGCACCCGUGGCCAUUGAAAUUAACACCUUCAUCGACAAAGCGCUUGAGAAACUCUUGUCUUAUGGCAACCAGAAACGGGCCAUUAUACUAUCCUCAUUUACCCCCGAGAUAUGCAUGUUAUUGGCCAUCAAACAACAGACGUACCCUGUGAUGUUCAUCACUAAUGCCGGCAAACCUCCGGUUACGGAUCGAGAAAUGAGGGCCGCCAGCAUACAGUCCGCCGUUCGAUUUGCCAAGAGGUGGAAUUUAUCUGGUCUUGUCUUUGCGUCCGAGGCGCUGGUAAUGUGUCCUAGGCUUGUCAGAUAUGUUCAACGAUCAGGGUUGAUCUGUGGAUCCUAUGGAUCUCAGAACAAUACACCAGAGAAUGCGAAGGCCCAAGCCGCUGCUGGUAUUGAUAUUAUUAUGGCCGAUAGAGUUGGGCUUAUUGCUUUGUCCCUAAAAGGAUAUAAAAAGCAAGCAUAA